CACAUUAGGCUGCAAACCCUCUGAGACGAUCCUGCUACACAAGGGGAAAGAGCACUUACCGCUGUCUUGUAACCUUAAGUGUCCGUUCCUUACAGCUUGUUUAUGCUAUUUGUAUUUGUAGGCAAAAUGCUUAUCGAAUGAAUGAUAAUAAUUAUGAAGCAGCAGCGUUACAUGUCAAUCUGGAACAAUUCUUUUGACUUGCACACUAUCACUGGCGUGCAUCAGCCGUCUUCGUUUUCAUCGUAGUAGGAUUGCAUCAUUACAGCACGCCACGCUUUUGUUCUGGUCUGCCUUGUAGCACCGCCGAUAGUUCGGUUCGUAUCACAGGCCAGUAACCACCAUGCGUUUCUGAUCCGAUUCAGUACCCCGCAUCGAUUCCCAGUUAUUGAACAGGUUGGAGGGCUGUGUCUAUCCCCCGUGCUACGCCAUGUAAGCUCACUGCGCGUCCCUGCCGAGCUCCGCAUGGGAUUCACGAUUCAUCCGUCAGCGCUGAAACAGAGAUGCUCUUAAAAUAUUCAAAUGGCGCUAUCAAACAGUCCAAUGAAAAGUGGUGUGGCACUGCCAACGGGCGGCGCAGGGGACUGCGAGAAGCGACCGAGUCCCACACCUGUUAGUGAUGGCUGCAGACACAAGGGCCGAUCGCGUGCCACCACCCCAGCAUGCCCUUCUUCCCCCAGCAGCCAGGGGACGGACCUGUCCCCUUCUCCCACCAACACUCAAUCUCCCGGUUGGGCGCGACGCAGGGUGGUUCGGAGAAGCAGGACCCACGACUGCGUGGCAGGCAUGGUGCUGCAGGCAGGAAGUGGCCGACCGCGCAGAUUCGGGAGUGCGACACCCACCGGGGACAGCGGGAGGCAGUUGGUCAGCAGCGUCAGCUUCUCCGGAUUGGCCGUUUCCCCGAGUGGCAAAGGCGGGCUGUUGCACGAGAACCGGAGUGCCUCCAGCAGCAGGGACAUCAUAGAUUACCGUAAUCUCACGCCCCAAGUGCCCUUCGUGCCCUCCAUCGCUAAGUCUAUCCCAAAGAAGCGGAUAUCUCUGCGGAAGUCGAGAAAGGCUAUCAAAGACCUGCUUGGAAUCAGGCGUCACAAGCGGGAGAAGGUAGUCUCUCCUGGUUUCCUCACUCCAGGAAGAGGAGACAAAGCAGCAGUAUCAGUCAACAUGGGCAAGCCGACCCAGGAAGGGACCACCAGCGGCUGCUCCGGUGUCCCCGACCACAAUGAUGAUCUGUCUGACUCCUCCAUUGAGCUCUGCAGUAGCAUCUGCGAGGACGUGGCCUCCCUCCAGAGCUUUGGAUCCCAUACUGGCUGUGGGGAGAUAUUUGCAGAUGAGGAGCAUCACCUCCCCAUUCCUCAUCCAGCUGAGGGCGGCCAGAAGCAAGACCCCGACAAGGAUGUCUGCGAGUCCAAGAAGGGCAGCCCUGUUGUGGGGUCCUACCAGGGCGGGGUGGAGCAGAUGGCAUCCCCAGCCCAUGCAGAGAUCCUCGACUUGUUUGGAUUGUGGGACAGUUUGAAGAGUAAAGAAGCCAAGGCGGUAGGCAGCCCAGAUCUGAACACCUUCACCCUGGCCCAACCCAUUAGCCAGCAAUCAACUCCUGACAGAACUCUUCUUCUGACAGAACAAAAGACUGUAGAACUUUUACAUGACAAGGGGACACCAAAAAGUGACAAGCAGGAAAUAGUGUCCACAAGUGACGAAGGCUAUUAUGACUAUAUCUCACCUGGACUGGAGGACAACAGUAGGGGGUCUGUCACACCUCACCUUUCCAACCGGUUCCCCAGGGACAGUUAUAGCGGCGAUGCUCUUUAUGAGCUCUUCUAUGACCCUUGUGAGUCCAGGAUGAGCCCCAUCAUUGAUGAGGAAGUGAGCCUAUCAGAAAGCAUUCUUUGUCAAGCCGGUGACCAUCCACAGUCCAUGUACAGUUUCCACGUUGGAGCAGAGGAGAAUCUGGCCCCGCCUUUGGCUUUGGAUCUUGUCGGUCAGGAGCUCCUGCAGAGCAGCUGGAAGGGGAAGGAGUGCCUGUUGAAGCUGUGUGACACCGAGAUCUCCCUGGCCAUGGGAAUCAUGAACUGGCUGAAGCAGAAGGCCAAUCAGACGAGUCCGUCUGUGUGUGGCGGGGUAGAUGUUGAGGCAAGUACUUUCCCUCCGAAUUGCAAUAAACUCCACCGUGAGGGUCAGGAUAUGCCGAAGAAUCAGCUAGCUGUUAAGGAUCCAGCGCCGGAAUCCCCAGCUGUCAACGGAAGCUUAGUAUUCCUACCAAAUCUCAGAAAAGAUGAACCCAAUAUAGCGUCUCCAGAGGGCGAUAUCAGAACACCAGCAAACGGGUUUUCCUUCCGAAUCUUCAACAAGGAGUCUCCCUUAACGCCUAACUGGGACCUGAAGUCUCCCAUACUCAGGUCUCCAGGUUCAGUGGCAAGCACUGUGUUUCUGCUCGCAAUUAACAGGGAAUCGCUGUGCGAGUCUUGCAAGAGGUUGUUGAAAAAGGGCUCCAAGGAGCUGUUCCUGUGUGAUUCCUGUGUGUCUUUCAUCGAACACAUCAAGACUUCAGACCUCUUAAGCCCCAGCAGUUUCCAGAGGACGGGAUCUGCACGAAGCCCUUGCUCACUGCCGCCAGGCUUCUUAGAAUCUCCCAUCAGCCCCUGCAGGACAGAGAGUGAUGUCAGUCUUAUGCGCCUGCUGGAGCAGUGCAUGACCCAGGUGUCCACCCUGAGGAUCGACGGGGGGCCAGAAAUGGUGCCCCCACUAGGCAAGCUGGGGGAAGGCAAGCAGGACGCAGAAGAGAAUGAUGUCAGAGUGGAGAAGAGCAAAGAACAGAGUCAAAAGUAUCUCAAAUCCAAACAAAAUCCAAGAAAACAUGGUUCCAACCGUGAAAACAGAGGACUGGCUUCCUUGCCUCCACGUGGAGCUGACCGCCAGGACGCUCCGUCUCUCCUAGAGACCGGUAACUUGGGUCUAGUCACAACCAACAGCUCAGAUGAGCUUGUUCUCCAGAAAUGCCGCAGUUCGUGCCCAGACGUGCAAGGGGCUCUCUUCAGCGCCAGCCCCACACAGGCACCAAGGCCCACGUCCCUCCCCCUCUCCAACGCAGCCUACUCCGAGUUCACCAGCAGCCAGGGUCACCUGGUCAAGCGAGGCGGGGCCAAGGGGCAACCGCGUGAGAGGCUGCGGCGGCACAAGAAGUCCGGCAUUCACCGCGUCGAGCCGUGCGGACACGUCCUCCAGGAGGAGAAGAAGGCCGACCGCAAGCGCCGGAUGAAGAAAUGAGGAUGCAGGUGCGUGUUGAUCACAGAGAAGCUAGGCUAACACUGAGCUGUCCUGCAUUGUAAUAUUUAUGUGUGUAUAUUAAUUUUAAGGCUUUGUGACAGGGGCAGUGGUUAGCACUGCACCAUGUAUGUGGAGUUUGCAUGUUCUCUCCGUGUCGUCGUGGGCUUUCCUCUUGCUACUCCGGUUUCCGCCCACAGUCCAACAAACAUGCUGAGGUUAAUUGGAGUUUGGACUGUGAACCUCCUCCAUAACCUUGAAUAAGAUAAGCAUUUACAGAAAAUGGUGAGAUGACGGCUUCACAACAGCUGAAGAAAUUAGAUGAAAUUAAGUCUGAAUGUGUUGAGAAACGUAAGCAACUAGUCUUUAAUGUACAGUAUGACUUAGGCUUUUGUUACUUUAUCAGAUGUAUUGUGGUUUCAGCAUCAAACAUAUAUUAUACUUCAUUGUAUAAUAGAAUAAUAGAAUUCUCUGAGUCAUUCAUAAUCAUUUUGAAAAAUAAAUGUGCUUUAUGCUGAAAAUAAAACAGCUCAGCAUAACAUUGCGGUAAAAUUAGACCUGAGUUAAUUAAAUGAAUUAAAAGCAGUUGGUUAUCUUUCUCCAUCUCCCCCCAGGGGGGCGUGUGCUGGGCUACCUGUCGAGCAGCACAAGGACAGAAGCGCGAGCACCGUACGGCACACCAAUGCCAAGCUCUCUGUGACUCUAAACCGCGCACUGACUUCUCAUUCACCGUUUAAUAUCUGGCUGUCAAAGAGAACGAAGAACCUUUACCUCACAGUAACUUUUUGAACCACGUGGAGGUUGAUUUGAAGGUUGCGUUUGACAGACGUGUCACGUUAGCCCCGUGGUCCAGCUUGUACCCUGGCAAGUUCAUGCUUUCUAAUUUUUGACCUGGUGUAAUCAGACCUCUGAGCACGUUGUCUCCUGUUGACUUGCCCCGCAUUUGAAUACUGCGUUCGUAUGUGAUUUGUACAGACAAUUCCGCAUGACCUCGAUGUUCUCACACACACACACUUACGAGCCAUUAGGGAUUUUUACGACUUCUGGGUUUUGAUGAUACAUGUGUUUCGCUCAGUCAUUAAGCAGUAGCUUCAUUAUGUAACAGCCAAACUGUUCACAUUCAUUGUAUUGAAUUGAAUGGAAAACCAUUGACCUGUGUUAAAAAAACAGGCGCAAACCCAGAAGAGGGAAAAUGAGCGUGUAAACAUGCAAUCUAGCAAAAUGCCUUACUGGUCAUGUUACCAUGACAACAGUGGGGAAGCAUCAUCGUCAUGGAAAUGGAGCAUUUGGCUGUUAAGGAUUGCUUUAGUGUGAUCUUGGCGUUUUUGGAGAGUUUCUCAAGAAGGUUUUAGGGGAUAGAGGAAGGGGAAGAAUUAAGGAAAAUUAAUUUUGAUUUUACAUGGCUGUAACAUAACCUACCGAUAUCCCUGUUGUAUGUAGCACAGGGUUGGCAAGUGAGAAGUGCUGACUGGAUGACUUGGAUAUGUAGAGGAGAUCUUAACACUGUAAUUAUUGGACUAGCAGCGGCUUGUGGAAUGAAUCGAUUGCCUGGCUCUGCUGAAGGUCGUUUUGGUCUAUAAUUAGCUUGCCUACUAGACCCAGAGGAAGGUGUUGUGAGGGAUGAGGUGGUGGAAACAUGAACCAAAGGGAUUAAAAUCCCUAAAGAAGCCCCAGGGAACCAAUCUGGCAUUUCCGCAAAACAUGAGGACAGUGCAACCAUAUGAGGAGGGGAGUGUUGGCGGUGGGCGGAGCUUCUGAUUUGAUUGGCUUUCAUUUCAUGGUCAGGCCGACUUCUAUCAUUACUUCCUGUUCUGUUACAUACUAACACAAGGGCAUAACUUUGGGUUAAGCACUGGGGGGUUAAGGUCUCCACCCAUUUAAGGGGGGGGCAGGGGGUUGUAUUAGCUGGUUUUGAUUAUCUCCCCCAUAAUUUACAUCCAUAUGCCCUCAUGUCCCACUGGAAACCAGUAGCACUGUUGAAAUUAGGCUUGGAAAAUGCAAUUUCUUCCUUUUCUGUGUCACCUCACCUUCUGGGUAAAAUCUCAUUUUCCCCUGAAAAUCUCCUUUUUUACCCCCCCCCCAGCAUUUUCAAGCCUUGAAAUCCGGGUUUCCUCCCGGCCGGAGCGCUGUAAGGCGUAAUGGGAAAAUGACAGUCGCUUCUAUGCUUUCAAUCUGUACCCUUAGAAAUAUCCAGCCAUCAAGGGAGCGCCAAGGAUUUCAGUGUGUUGAAUAUGUAACGAUAUUUAAAUUCCGUCUGGGCAAGGCGGACUUCGACCUGAUUUCCAAAGGAUAGCAGCUUGCGUGACAGUAGUAGCUCUUACAAGGGAAGACGAUCCUGCAGGAAAUCACACACAUCAACGCACAUGCUGUGUAAAAAGGUCUAGUUUCUUACUCUCCCGAAAAAGAAAAGAGAGAGGGUCUGGUAAAUCUGUUGUUUUUUUGUUUUUUUUUUAAGCAUCCAUUUUCUGUUCUGGGGAUUUGGCAAACAGAAGAUUCGCAGACAAAAGCUCGGUUUAUGGAAAUGGCCAAAUUCAGAAUAUGAGAAUAAAUCAUGUUUUAUGAGUAAAAUGUAACAGAACAUAAAGUGUCCGAAGUGAGCUGACACGGCAGUACAGUCUAAUAAUGCCCCAGGUUUGCUGAGGAGUGUCUAAUCGCUCCCUGUGCAUGUGCUUUGUUCAGUCACAAUUUCCCAUUUUCCAGAAGUUUCCAAUAGCUUUUGUUGCUUUUCACUGUGUCCCGCCACAGCAUUAAUAAUAGAGCAGCCCGGCUAUAUAAAUGUAGUGAGAAGUGCAGGUACAGUUACAGGGGAUGAAUAAUUUAAAGGGUCAGUCUGAGGAUCCGGACCUCCAUGCAGGAAGGUUCCACCAGGAGGGCAGGGCAUCCAAGAGCAUUUUUGCUUGCCUCAAAAUUGGCAGAUUUAUUAAU